AUGUGCUACAGCAAGCCAGUGUUGGGACGAGGCUUGGGGAUGUGCUACAGCAAGCCAGUGUUGGGACGAGGCUUGGGGAAGUGCUACAGCAAGCCAGUGUUGGGACGAGGCUUGGGGAUGUGCUACAGCAAGCCAGUGUUGGGACGAGGCUUGGGGAUGUGCUACAGCAAGCCAGUGUUGGGACGAGGCUUGGGGAUGUGCUACAGCAAGCCAGUGUUGGGACGAGGCUUGGGGAUGUGCUACAGCAAGCCAGUGUUGGGACGAGGCUUGGGGAUGUGCUACAGCAAGCCAGUGUUGGGACGAGGCUUGGGGAUGUGCUACAGCAAGCCAGUGUUGGGACGAGGCUUGGAGAUGUGCCACAGCAAGCCAGUGUUGGAACAAGGCUUGGGGAUGUGCUACAACAAGCCAGUGUUGGAACAAGGCUUGGAGAUGUGCCACAACAAGCCAGUGUUGGAACAAGGCUUGGAGAUGUGCUACAACAAGCCAGUGUUGGAACAAGGCUUGGAGAUGUGCUACAGCAAGCCAGUGUUGGGACGAGGCUUGGGGAUGUGCUACAGCAAGCCAGUGUUGGAACAAGGCUUGGAGAUGUGCUACAGCAAGCCAGUGUUGGAACAAGGCUUGGGGAUGUGCUACAACAAGCCGGGCAGCGGGGCUGGGGCCAAGCCAGCAGCAGCAGCGGGGGGCUGGGGCCAAGCCAGCAGCAGCGGGGCUCGGGCCAAGCCAGCAGGAGCAGCGGGGCUGGGGCCAAGCCAGCAGCAGCAGCAGCGGGGCUGGGGCCAAGCCAGCAGCAGCAGCAGCGGGCCUGGGGCCAAGCCAGCAGCAGCAGCAGCGGGCCUGGGGCCAAGCCAGCAGCAACAACAGCGGGGCUGGGGCCAAGCCAGCAGGAGCAGCAGCGGGGCUGGGGCCAAGCCAGCAGGAGCAGCAGGGCUGGGGCCAAGCCAGCAGCAGCAGCAGCGGGCCUGGGGCCAAGCCAGCAGCAGCGGGCCUGGGGCCAAGCCAGCAGGAGCAGCAGGGCUGGGGCCAAGCCAGCAGGAGCAGCAGCGGGGCUGGGGCCAAGCCAGCAGCAGCGGGGCUGGGGCCAAGCCAGCAGGAGCAGCAGCGGGGCUGGGGCCAAGCCAGCAGGAGCAGCAGCGGGGCUGGGGCCAAGCCAGCAGGAGCAGCAGGGCUGGGGCCAAGCCAGCAGCAGCGGGCCUGGGGCCAAGCCAGCAGGAGCAGCAGGGCUGGGGCCAAGCCAGCAGCAGCAGCGGGGCUGGGGCCAAGCCAGCAGCAGCGGGGCUGGGGCCAAGCCAGCAGGAGCAGCAGCGGGGCUGGGGCCAAGCCAGCAGGAGCAGCAGGGCUGGGGCCAAGCCAGCAGCAGCAGCAGCGGGGCUGGGGCCAAGCCAGCAGCAGCAGCAGCGGGCCUGGGGCCAAGCCAGCAGCAGCAGCAGCGGGCAUGGGGCCAAGCCAGCAGGAGCAGUAGGGCUGGGGCCAAGCCAGCAGCAGCAGCAGCGGGCCUGGGGCCAAGCCAGCAGCAGCAGCAGCGGGGCUGGGGCCAAGCCAGCAGCAGCAGCAGCAGGGCUGGGGCCAAGCCAGCAGGAGCAGCGGGGCUGGGGCCAAGCCAGCAGCAGCGGGCCUGGGGCCAAGCCAGCAGCAGCAGCAGCGGGCCUGGGGCCAAGCCAGCAGCAGCAGCAGCGGGCCUGGGGCCAAGCCAGCAGCAGCAGCAGCGGGCCUGGGGCCAAGCCAGCAGCAGCAGCAGCGGGGCUGGGGCCAAGCCAGCAGCAGCAGGGAGGAUCAGCAGUCAAGAGCAAGGUGGCUUCAGGCGGCCCCAAGGUGGCUUCAGGCAGCCCCAAGGUGGCUUCAGGCGGCCCCAAGUUGGCUUCAGGCGGCCCCAAGGUGGCUUCAGGCGGCCCCAAGGUGGCUUCAGGCGGCCCCAAGGUGGCUUCAGGCAGAUCCAAGGUGGCUUCAGGCAGCCCCCAAGGUGGCUUCAGGCAGCCCCCAAGGUGGCUUCAGGCAGCCCCCAAGGUGGCUUCAGGCAGCCCCCAAGGUGGCUUCAGGCAGCCCCCAAGGUGGCUUCAGGCAGCCCCAAGCUUAUCAAGAUUAGCGGUAAUGACGCCAGGACUUGUGUACAGUGCCAAUCACCACCCCUGGCAGCAACAGUGCCAACCACUGGCAGCAACAGUGCCAACUACUGGCAGCAACAGUGCCAACCACUGGCAGCAACAGUGCCAAUCACCACCCCUGGCAGCAACAGUGCCAACCACUGGCAGCAACAGUGCCAAUCACCACCCCUGGCAGCAACAGUGCCAACCACUGGCAGCAACAGUGCCAACCACUGGCAGCAACAGUGCCAACCACUGGCAGCAACAGUGCCAACCACUGGCAGCAACAGUGCCAACCACUGGCAGCAACAGUGCCAACCACUGGCAGCAACAGUGCCAACCACUGGCAGCAACAGUGCCAACCACUGGCAGCAACAGUGCCAACCACUGGCAGCAACAGUGCCAAUCACCACCCCUGGCAGCAACAGUGCCAACCACUGGCAGCAACAGUGCCAACCACUGGCAGCAACAGUGCCAACCACUGGCAGCAACAGUGCCAACCACUGGCAGCAACAGUGCCAACCACUGGCAGCAACAGUGCCAACCACUGGCAGCAACAGUGCCAACCACUGGCAGCAACAGUGCCAACCACUGGCAGCAACAGUGCCAACCACUGGCAGCAACAGUGCCAUUAAUCAGAGCCACUCCACAAGAGGCCUCCACAAACUUCCUCUUGCACCACCAGCUCCACAAGAGGCCUCCACAAACUUCCUCUUGCACCACCAGCUCCACAAGAGGCCUCCACAAGCUUCCUCUUGAUACACCAGCUCUACAAGAGGCCUCUACAAGCUUCCUCUUGCACCACCAGCUCCACAAGAGGCCUCCACAAACUUCCUCUUGCACCACCAGCUCCACAAGAGGCCACCACAAGCUUCCUCUUGCACCACCAGCUCCACAAGAGGGCUCUACAAGCUUCCUCUUGCACCACCAGCUCCACAAGAGGCCUCCACAAACUUCCUCUUGCACCACCAGCUCCACAAGAGGCCACCACAAGCUUCCUCUUGCACCACCAGCUCCACAAGAGGCCACCACAAGCUUCCUCUUGCACCACCAGCUCCACAAGAGGCCACCACAAGCUUCCUCUUGCACCACCAGCUCCACACGAGGGCUCUACAAGCUUCCUCUUGCACCACCAGCUCCACAAGAGGCCACCACAAGCUUCCUCUUGCACCACCAGCUCCACAAGAGGCCUCUACAAGCUUCCUCUUGCACCACCAGCUCCACAAGAGGCCUCUACAAGCUUCCUCUUGCACCACCAGCUCCACAAGAGGGCCUCCACAAGCUUCCUCUUGCACCACCAGCUCCACAAGAGGGCUCUACAAGCUUCCUCUUGCACCACCAGCUCCACAAGAGGCCUCCACAAGCUUCCUCUUGCACCACCAGCUCCACAAGAGGCCUCCACAAGCUUCCUCUUGCACCACCAGCUCCACAAGAGGCCUCCACAAGCUUCCUCUUGCUACACCAGCUCCACAAGAGGCCCCCCACAAGCUUCCUCUUGCACCACCAGCUCCACAAGAGGCCUCCACAAGCUUCCUCUUGCACCACCAGCUCCACAAGAGGCCUCCACAAACUUCCUCUUGCACCACCAGCUCCACAAGAGGCCUCCACAAGCUUCCUCUUGCACCACCAGCUCCACAAGAGGCCUCCACAAGCUUCCUCUUGCUACACCAGCUCCACAAGAGGGCCUCCACAAGCUUCCUCUUGCUACACCAGCUCCACAAGAGGCCUCCGCAAGCUUCCUCUUGCUACACCAGCUCCACAAGAGGCCCCCCACAAGCUUCCUCUUGCUACACCAGCUCCACAAGAGGCCUCCACAAGCUUCCUCUUGCACCACCAGCUCCACAAGAGGCCUCCACAAGCUUGCUCUUGCACCACCAGCUCCACAAGAGGCCCCCCACAAGCUUGCUCUUGCACCACCAGCUCCACAAGAGGCCUCCACAAGCUCCCUCUUGCACCACCAGCUCCACAAGAGGCCUCCACAAGCUCCCUCUUGCACCACCAGCUCCACAAGAGGCCUCCACAAGCUCCCUCUUGCACCACCAGCUCCACAAGAGGCCUCCCAGGUGGGCCAGUGCUUAAGAAGAAUAUUGGUAAUAUUGAGGAGAAACUUGCCUGA